GAAGCUGCUGGCGAAACAUGGGUCGAUCCAACACUAUCAGAAUGGGAUGAAAACGAUUUUCGUAUUUUCAUCGGUGAUCUUGGUAAUGAUGUAACCGAUGAUAUGUUAAUGCAGGCCUUUGUCAAGUACCCAACUUUGUUAAAAGCAAAAGUUAUCCGUGAAAAAAGUGGAAAAACCAAAGGAUUUGGCUUUGUAUCUUUUUCUGGCUCAAAUGACUAUUUAAAUGCAAUGAGGGAUAUGAAUGGUAAAUAUAUAGGCAAUAGACCAAUUAAAUUACGUAAAAGUAAAUGGAAAGAUAGA